AAACAGCGCGGUGCACACUGGGAGAAAUUGAGAAUUAGAUUUUAGUUCGUUCGUGGACAUUUAUUUGGGUUCUUGAGAAAACGGAGAAUUACCUCGACAUUUGGACAUUGAGCAACCGCCCCAAAUCCGCAGAGCAUUGGCGCCCGAGAGCUCGCGGUGAAGGGUGAUCACCCAGGAAACGUUACACCGAUGUUCAGCUGACGGACUUGCUGUAGCUAACGUUAGCUACAUCCUCAGUUUGUGAAAUUACCGUAGCCACUCUUGGGCAAAAUGUCACACACUGGGCCUCCCCCUCGAUGGCGGAAUUGUCCUAGAAGAGGACAACCUGUAGCAGGUAAAUUCCUGCCAAUGAAAACUAUGUUGGGCCCCAAGUAUGAUGACAAAGUGCCAGAAGAGAACCGGUUUCAUCCAAGCAUGCUUUCCCAGUAUUUAAAGAGUCUAAAGGUUAAAAUGGGUUUGCUUGUUGAUCUAACAAACACUACUCGCUUCUAUGACCGCAACGAGAUCGAAAAAGAGGGUGUUAAAUAUGUGAAGCUUCAGUGCAAAGGCCAUGGAGAGUGUCCAUCAGCGGAGACCACUGCGAUGUUCAUCAGACUAUGUGAGAACUUCAUGGAGAAGACUCCAACUGAGUUAAUAGGUGUCCACUGCACGCACGGCUUCAACCGGACAGGCUUUCUGAUCUGUGCUUACCUGGUGGAGAAGUUGGACUGGAGUGUCGAGGCGGCAGUGGCUGCUUUCGCCCAGGCCCGUGCCCCUGGGAUCUACAAAGGCGACUACCUCAAGGAGCUCUUCCGUCGCUAUGGAGACGUCGAAGAUGCCCCCGCCGCCCCCGCGCUGCCAGAGUGGUGCUUCGACGACGACGACGGCGACCAGGACGACGAUGGCAACGUGAUUGGCCAAGAGUCUCAGUCAGGCCCCUCCUCUGAGUCGGCGCCGGGGAAACGGAGGAAGGAGAGACUAAAAUUUGGUGCUAUAUUCGUGGAGGGGGUCACAGUGAAAGGCGUCACACAGCUCACCACACAGCCUAAAUUGGCCGAGAUCCAACGGAAGUGUCAGGAGUUUGCGGAAUGGGAAAAGUCCGGGUUUCCAGGUGCUCAGCCCGUGUCCAUGGACAGGCGGAACCUUCGCUUUCUGGAACAGAAUCCCUACAAGGUCAGCUGGAAGGCUGACGGCACACGGUAUAUGAUGCUGAUAAAUGGGAAGAAUGAGGUGCACAUGAUCGACAGAGACAACUCGGUGUUCCACAUAGCCAACCUAGAAUUCCCUUUUCGGAAAGACCUCCGUGUUCACUUAGCCAACACACUACUUGACGGGGAGAUGAUUAUCGACAAGGUAAACGGCCAGCCCGUCCCGCGCUACCUGAUCUAUGACAUCAUCAAAUUCAACGGUCAGCCGGUCGGUCAGUGUGAUUUCAAUAUUCGGCUGUUGUGCAUAGAGAAAGAGAUCAUCUCCCCUCGGAUGGAGAAGAUGAAGACGGGACAGAUCGACAAGACAAAGGAGCCCUUCAGUGUCAGGAACAAGCCAUUCUUUGACAUCCACGCAGCACGAAAGCUCCUGGAAGGCAGCUUCACGUCCCAGGUCAGCCAUGAAGUCGACGGCCUUAUCUUCCAGCCUUGCGGGAAAUACAAAGCUGGGCGAUGUGAUGACAUCCUCAAGUGGAAGCCGCCCAGCCUCAACUCUGUAGACUUCCGCCUCAAGAUCACCAAAGUCGGAGGAGAAGGGUUGCUUCCCCAGACUGUUGGAUUGCUCUACGUCGGCAGCCAUGACAUGCCCUUUGCACAGAUGAAGGCCUCCAAGGAGCUGAAGCAGUACGACAACAAGAUCAUCGAGUGCUCCUUUAACAACAACACCUGGGUGUUCAUGAGACAGAGGGUAGACAAGAGCUUCCCCAACUCUUACGACACAGCCAUGGCUGUGUGUAACAGCAUCAAGUAUCCUGUCACGAAGAACCUCUAUGAGUUUCUGGACCGCUGUGCCCUGGGAGCCCAAGGACAGAACCGGAAACGCCCCUCUGACCCAGACACGGAGCUCAUGCCCCCUCCCGCUCCAAAGAGACCCAACCGGGCUGCACCGUAGAGCACCACACAGCGGGAGUGGGCUGGGCCAGUGUAGAAAUGUGUGUAUGUGGCUUGCAGAGGAAGGUCCUUCAUGGCUACAGCGCCGUCCCCCCCCCCC